AUGAACCAGCAGCUUUCCGGAGAUCGUGCUUCACCGAACCGCGUGCCCCAUCCUUUUAAUGUGGUUUCUUGCCUUGUACCUGGCCCUGGAAGAAAGCGUGAUUUUUCACCAGUGCUCUGGAGCCAGUACUUUGAAUCUAUGGAGGAUGUCGUGGUAGAAAAUGAAACCGGCAAGGAUACUUUUCGAAUUUACAAAAGCGGAUUGGAGGGACCUGUCUUACUGCUCUUACACGGCGGAGGCCAUUCUGCUCUCUCCUGGGCUGUGUUUACUUCUGCCAUCAUUAACAGGAUUCAGUGCAGGAUCGUGGCUUUAGAUCUCCGAGGCCAUGGAGAAACAAAAGUUAGGAAUCCUGAAGAUCUGUCUGCAGAGACUAUGUCAAAAGAUGUUGGAAACGUGGUCGAAGCUCUCUACGGGGACCUUCCUCCCCCUAUCAUGCUGAUCGGGCACAGCAUGGGGGGGGCCAUCGCCGUGCACACGGCGGUCGCAAACUUGGUGCCAAGUUUACUGGGUCUGUGCAUGAUCGAUGUUGUGGAAGGUACAGCCAUGGAUGCGUUGAACAGCAUGCAGAACUUCUUGAGGAGUCGUCCCAAAACGUUCAAGUCACUUGAGAAUGCCAUCGAGUGGAGUGUAAAAAGUGGACAAAUAAGAAAUCUUGAAUCUGCCAGAGUUUCUAUGGUCGGUCAAGUCAAACAGUGUGAAGGGGCUGCCAGUCCUGAAGGUCCUAAAGCCAUAGUGGAGGGUAUUAUUGAAGAAGAGGAGGAGGAAGAAGAGGAUGAGGAAGGGGGAGGCUCUGUCAACAAAAGGAAGAAAGAAGAUGACACAGAG